CCCUCCUUCCUUCCUUCCUCCCUUCCCUCCUUCUUCUUCUCUCAGGCGCUGAUGCCUCAGUCCUUCACUCGAAAGCGGAGCUGAGGAGAAUAAGAGGGAAAGGAGGAAGGAAAGAAGGCGCCAUUGGCCAGCCCUUUGCGCGCCUUAGAAGUGUGUUAACCAGUUACAAUGGUGGGUGAAGACAAUAUAUCUGUAAGGAAUCGACGUUCAGCAUAUGGCACCCCUGAAGAGAAAAAUGACUUGCCAAGGAGGCUUGAAGGAGACUGGACAUGCUCUAGCUCAAGCAAUGGUCGAAUUGAUGUUGACCAUACAAUGAGAAGGAUGCAACUUUUAGCAGAAGCGGAGAAGCUAAAGCCAACUUUUAUGAGGGAAUUUGACAAUCACUUCACAGAAUUUGUAAAUGGCUUGGUUGCAAAGUCAGUGAUGCUGGAGUCUUCACCACCCACCUUCCCAACUACUUGUACAGAGAAAGAGAGCUUCCAAACUAAAGGAUCAAGAGCACCUCCAGAACAUGGAAAAGUUUUUAUUGCUAGGAAGUCUGUCUUGGAUGAGCUGUUUGAAGUGGAUCACAUCCAGACCAUCUAUCACAUGUUCAUUGCCCUGCUCAUCUUGUUCAUUCUCAGCACACUUGUAGUUGACUUCAUUGAUGAAGGAAGGUUGGUGCUAGAAUUUGACCUCCUGGUCUACUCUUUUGGCAAAUUUUCUGUCGUCGUUCCUACUUGGCUUUACAUGUUUCUGUUCACACUAGUUGCGCCUUAUGGCCUCUUUCUUCAGUGGGCCAAGGGGUACCAUGGUUCCUCCCACAAGAUCAUCCACUCCUUGUUCUUUGGGGUGCUCUUCAUGGUAUUCCAAACGAUUUACCUUGGACUGGUGCCAGUGUACAUUGCAUUGACCUAUGAGCUACCGCCAGCCUGUUGUUUCAUAGUCACUCUUGAGCAGGUACGCCUAGUGAUGAAAGCCCAUUCAUACAUAAGGGAAAAUGUUCCUCGUGUAGUCUCCUGUCCACCUCAGAAGUCAAACUCUCUUCAAGUUCCGCAAGUUUCCCAGUAUUUGUAUUUCCUCUUUGCUCCCACCCUUAUUUACAGAGAUCAUUAUCCCAGGACUCCCACAAGAAGAUGGAGCUAUGUAGCCACCAAGUUUGCACAGAUACUUGGUUGUCUCUUCUAUGCUUAUUACAUGUUUGUACGAAUCUGUAUUCCUACAUAUCGGAAUUAUAGCCGGGAGAACUUCAGUCUACGAGGCCUGGUCCUUUGUAUCUUCAACUCUAUCCUUCCAGGUGUGUUGAUGUUUUUACUGAUCUUUUUCGCAUUCCUUCACUGCUGGCUUAAUGCUUUUGCUGAGAUGUUGUGCUUUGCCGACAGAAUGUUCUAUAAGGAUUGGUGGAAUUCUACAUCGUUCGCAAACUAUUACCGAACGUGGAAUGUAGUGGUGCAUGACUGGUUGUAUUAUUAUGCAUACAGAGACUUUCUUUGGUUGUUUGGAAAAAAAUUCAAGGCUACUGCUAUGCUGGCAGUCUUCACUGUUUCUGCUGCUGUACAUGAGUAUGUUCUGAGUGUCUGCUUUGGUUACUUCUAUCCGGUCCUCUUCUUCCUCUUCAUGUGCUUUGGAAUGGUUUUCAACUUCAUUCUCCAUGACCGUCGGGAAGGUCCAAUCUGGAAUGUGAUCAUGUGGACUUUACUGUUCCUUGGCCAAGGUGUCAUUGUUUGUCUCUAUAGCCUGGAGUGGUAUGCCCAUCAGUACUGCCCUUUGAAAAAUCCCACGUUCCUGGACUACAUGAAACCACGUUCUUGGGAUUGCCAAAUUAAGAUCUGAAGUCUUCUGGGCUCAAGGUUACCAGAUGUUCUUAGAAGCAAACAUUUUGUCACUCCAGGCAGCUAGGGGUACUUGACCCUCAUUAGGUGGUUCAUAUUCUCUAAGCAGCGCCAACCUGAGCCAUUUCCAUGCUGGUCAUGAAGCCUACUGAAGGAUUGGUGAAGGAAUUUGCAGGGAAGACUUUUGACUACUGCAAAUGCUGGUUUGUAUAUUACCAUCUUCUCUUUUAAUCUCCCAAAAGGACAGUAUUGUUUGAUCUGAUUUAAUCUUGCUUAUCUGAAUAUAACAUUCCCCCAGAAUCACCAGUAUUCAUAUGUAUUCUUUUUUCUUUUCUUUUUGCUUGUUGCUUCAGUAUGAUUAUACAAUAGAGUCAGGAGUCCAGCCACCUGCUUUCCCUGCAGCACAUGCAAUGGACUUCUAGAAAGGGGAAUAGAUUUCUGUUACUUGGACUGUGCCAGGGAAAAGAUAAGGAAUGGUUGGAGAUAGUCUUGGAAUUGUAUUUUCUAAGCAGCAACAUAAGUGAGACUUUGAUUAAUUCAUCUUGCUGGAUAGCCAAGUGCCUGGCCAUUUAUUAGUGCAUUUGGGGGUGUCUGGAUGGAGCAGAAGCAAUAGGUGUUUUCAUUCCUUUCUGCAUGAAUAGCCAUAAUAUGUGCAUAUGAUUCUGGUUGAUCCAUCCAUAAUUUUUUAUUUGGACUGCAACAGAUAUUUGUAGAAAUAUUUAAUUGGCUUACAAUGAAUGGAAUCAGUCAACUUCCAAGACUGAAUAGUCAAAAGGAUGUUUCUGUCUUUAUGUAUGAUGCAUUGUGAAAGGUAUGCUUGAGUUUUCCUUUGCUGUUCAUAUGUUUUAUUUUUUCGUUUUGAAUAAUUGUAACAACAGCAAUUAUAAAAAUCUUCAACGGUUGAAUGUAUCUUUGAGGGACUUCCUGUGGAUGAUACCUAUCUUAAUUACAUUGGCAGAAAAGACUGCCAUGUUUAUCCAUCUUUUAGCCUUUGCUCUGGUAAAAUGGACAUUAUAUUAAAUACUAACAUUAAAAUGUAACUUGAAAUUACAGACCUGCUGCAUUGCGAGUAGCUUUUUUUCUCUGUGCUGCCAGGGAUAGCUGAUAAUAUUGUGUGCUACAUUACAAUACAGACAGUGUCCUGUGUUCUGAAAAAUUAUCUGUAUAUUGGGCCAUUUUCUGUAAUAAAAGUGAGUCCUUUCAAUACCCUAAAAAUUGGACUGUUCACAUUUAACAUACCAUGUACAUUCAGAAUUUCCCUGGGAACCUACUGUCUAUAACAUAAGGCCAAAGUAAAUGUGUUGAUGUUAUGGAUGGAGUCUGAGAAAGUUACUUUUUUGGGACUGCAGCUUCCAGAUUCAGGGAGCCAUUGUCCAAAAGUAUAACUAUGAAGUUCUGUGGCUGCAUUACAUUUUAAUAGUAAAUUGUAGUCAGGGAGCUUCCCAAUCUGUGCAUAGAAGAGGUUUUUUUUACUUUGCCCCCAGUUUGGUCCCAUUCCUAAAAUGCUAGUUCAUUAAAAAUGUUGUUUCCACUGGUGUGAAUUAUGGAUGAAAUGGUGUUACAGUUUCCCCCACUACAUUGAUGAUGACGAUUUGAUAGGGCUAAUUAGCAACUGGACACAAUUAAUUUGCUGGCCUUCUCCAGCCCAUAGACUGCCAUUUGGUCAUCCCCACUCUACUAAAUUCAUGUCAUCAUUAUUACUAAAGAGUGCUGUCCUUCAUUACCUGCCCAACAUUAAGACGGGCAUUUCUCAUGAACACUUUUUUCUGCAAUGAUUUAGUGUGUGUAAUAGGAUUGAGCAUAACAAAUAAGAAAAUACAUCAGCUUGAUCCUAUUAAAAAUAUAUAUGGGGGUGAGUGACAGCUUAGAUCACAGUGAAUGUACCAUUGUGAAAAACAGUGUCCUUAUAUUGGUGGUUGGCAACUAGGGUUCGUAGAGCCCAUUUGACAUUUAGAUGAAUGUCUGCUGGCCAGCCAUUUCAGUACAGCCUGGGCCUUUCUCCCAGUUAUCCCAAAAGCCAUUUGAGGCCUGUUUCAGAACAAGAAAAGACAGAAGAACAGAGAACUAGCGUGUAGAUGACAUGUGCUCUCUAUGUACUUUGCUUUUGUCUUGUGCACGGUGCACUUUAAAUUCUAGGUGCUCAUGUCUUAUUGCAACACAAUGAUUUAUAGUGCAGGUAAGAAACGAUAAGUGUGCUCAUAUCUGCUGGGAAGAAGUGAUAAGUGCACUUUAAUUACUAUUGUGAUAUGAUCCAAGAGCAGAGCAACAAACUGGGACAUCAAGAGAGAAGCAGUUAGGGCAACCGAGACAAGAUUUCUUUCAAGACAUGCAGCCACCCACCCGGAAAUUUCAAACUACUUUCAUCCCCUGUAUUUUAUAGAAGAUGGUGGUUUGAAAUUUAAAGUAAAUUUAAACUGUUUAAAAUUUAAAGACAUAUUACAGAUUAGCUCAUGAGAAAGUAGUCUAUUUUCCAUUUUAGUAAUACAUAUUUGAGUAUCUCUCGACUAAGAAAACCCUGUGAAAUUCAUGGGGUCACCAUAAGUCAAGAGGCAACUUGAAGGCACAUAUACACACACUUUUUCAAAUUAAAUUUGAUUUUUUCCCCCAGAUUAACAAUAUUUUUUAAACCAAUGGCAGAAGAGUGUACAGUUGGCCCUCCAUAUCCAGAGAUUUUGUAUCCAUGGAUUCAACCAUCCACAGAUUGAAAGUGUUCCCAAAAAAUAUAAACUCUGAAAAGCAAAGUUGACUUUGCCAUUUUAUAUAAUGGACACCAUUUUACUAUGUCUUUGUAUUAAUAGGACUUGAGCAUCCUUGGAUUUUGGUAUCCAUAGAGGGUCCUGGAACCAAACCCCAGUAGGUCCCAAGGGCACACUGUAGUACGCAUUGAAUGUUUUGUAUUAUUUUAUGGGAGAGUCAGCAUGGUGGUUUGAGCAUUGGACAAUGACUCUGGCAACCAGGAUUCAGAUCCUCACAUGGUCAUGAAAAUCCACUGGUUGACUUUGAGCAAGUCACAUUCUCUCAGCCUCAGAGGAAGGCAAAGGCGAAUCUUGCCAAGAAAACCGAUGGUAGUUUACCUUAAGGUCACCAUAAAUUUAACUUGGAAAUGAUUUGAAGGGACACAAGAACAAGUAUUUUAUGGAUAAAUCAGUAAAUUAUUAAAAAACCAAUCUUAACAUUAUUCUAAAAUGUUUGUUUUCUAAAGAACACUACUUUUUCCACUUCCAAGUAGGAUCAGUCAAACUCCAGCAUAUACUAAAAAUGUAAUGCUAGGAAUCAGCAGCAUAUCAGUUGGGCCAAAUAUACCUCUCUAAGGAGUAUUAGAGAGUUGAGUAAAGCAAGUCCAGAGUGGUGGCUGUGGCAAGCAGUCAAACAUGUUGAUGGUUCAUUUUGCAGAAUGGAAGACGAGAAAAACUCUGGCUUGCAAAAUACCAUCCUUUGAAAGGGGCCCUGCUCUCAAACUACUUAUUGAAUGGGGCCUUGAGUAUUGUUUCACUCUUGAGACUUAAUAUUUCUCUGACCUUCUCUGUAUCUUAUGUAUUGUUAAAUUUCUGUAUUCAGGCCUCAGAUGAGCUGUUAUGUGAAAUCUGUUCUUGAAAGCUUACAGAAGAACGUCCUAUUAUUUUAAAGCCUCAGAACCGUGCCAGUCACAGUCUAAGGAAAACACAUAUAAUCAAACGUACCCAAAGGUUUUAAAUUUUAUAUUAUCAAUAUGAAAUGAAAUCAAGGAAAAUCCUGCUAAUAUAGCGUAUCUUCACCAGGCACCGGCCUGACGAGAGCACCAAACUAUGCUUCUGAACUGUGUAAACAAAGUGAAACCAGUUGGUUCCUUAAUUCCUUUCCUUUUGAUAUUGUGCAGUUUUAAACUGUGGAAACACCAACAACGUACAUAAUCUGGUUAAGCCCGAAUCUUUGCCUGUUUGGCUAAGCCAUAUGUUUCCAGAUUAUUUAUGUGUUUAUUAAUCAGUGCAAACUGGUUAAUUUCUAAAUAAUUGAAUGGUGGAAGAUUAAACACACAUAUUGAAUAUUAUGUACAAUAUCCAGAGUAUGUCCAGAGUCAAAUACAGUGCUUGUACCAAUGCUUCCUGUUAACUUAAAAGUACACCAAAACAGUAUCUAGCUUUGGAAAAGGAUGAGUAGUGAGUGGCCUUUGGCUAUCUGAACUUUGGCCAGCACCUUGUGUAAUCUCCAAAUAAUCUGAUAAAACACAGUUUAACAAAUACUGCCUGUAAAUGCUGUUUGUCUGUGAUUGCAGAUUCUUCAUAAAGUUGUGACCUUUAACUAGAAAUGCCCUUUAGCCAUGAGUAGAAUAAUAGGGUUCUCUUCCUUGAACACUACAAACAGCAUACUUGCAGCUUUGAAGAUUUGCUAAACCAGUGUUAACAUGGUGAAAUCAUCCAUUCCAUACUCUUUGUUCUUCUGUGAACUUGUUGUCUAUGAAGGCUGAAUAUGUUUUCAUAAGAAGGCCUUCCAAACAACUUUCAUAUAUUGCUCUCUUUGCUGCUGAUUUUUUUUUAAGUAACCUGAACUGCUGGCUUUAAAAUAAAAUUUGAUAAUUUAGCAAAUAAAUCCAGUUUUUUUUAAAGUAACUACUUGUAUGUUGGGGAUGGGGGACAUGAAUAUACUAACAGGCAUGUCCUUUGGUUCUGAAUUUUUGAUUUUAAGCUGCCAGUGACAGGAGAUAAACUUUUAAUAUAUCUAAAAUGCCAAAAAUACGCACAAUUCAAACAACUGCAAGGCAUCCUGUUAGACUGCUUGAUAGGGCUGCUGGAAUUACUCAGCAGAUAAUGGAGGCUAUGACUUAGCUUUGGCUCAUAUAGAGAAACAGAAAGAUUUGCAUGAAUGCCAGUGAAAGGAAAUAAUUAAACUAGAAAUGGCAUUGGACCAGGAGCACUAAACUUGCAGGAUCUGUGAAAUACUGCAAGAAGGAAGCAUUGGGGGUCAUGGAAGGUUGACAAUUGUAGGGAAUGCAAUACUCUUAAGUAAUUCUAAAAUGUGUUGAAUUGUAUGUUGUGACUUGUUCUGUUAUGUUUAAAGGUUUAUAUGAUCCAUACUGUACUAUAAAAACUGAAAUAUAUUUUGCUAUCUCUGAAA